CCCUGCUUCCUUCCCUCCCUCCCUCCCUCUGCAGGAGGAGUCUUCAUUGAAUUCGGUUCGAAGGAGAAUCUCUCUGCUACGGGCCUCUUUUGAUCUCACGUACUUUCUUCCUCUCCUGCUACAAAAUAUCCUUCUUUUUAUUUUUUAUUUAUUCCACUCUUUGGGAUUAAAAAUCGAGACUUGAGGAGGAUUCCAUGUGCUGAGAUCGUCAAUCGCGCAAAGCUGGGAUUUUUUUUCCUUGGUUCCGGCGAUCGAGAAAGCCCGAGAGGGAGCGGGAACGACUGGGAUGAGAAUGGACCGCCCGCAGCAGCCGUCGGUGGUGGCGAUCGAGUGCGUGGCGGGGAGCUCCAAGGCGGAGGAGUGGGGCGGGGACUUGCUGCAGACGGGGGACGUUGUGGAGGAGAUCAAGAUCGGAGGGUCCCCCGCCGUCCGCUCCCCGUUCAAAGGCGGAAAGAGUGGGGUCCAGAAGCUGCUCCACUCGGCCUUCAAGCGCGGGGACACGUCCAUCGAGGUCAGGGUCCGGCGGUGCGGCGGCAACGCGGCGGAGCUCCAGGCCUGCAUCGUGCCACACGGCCCGGCCGGGCGGCGCCAGUACGUGCUCCGCUCCAUCCGCGAUCCCAACUACGCCGUCGGCUUCGUGGACCGCAUGGAGAGCGAGUGCAUCGCGUUGCAGGGCUCACGAAGCUCGAGGGUGGUAUGUGCGCUGAGCACCUGCAAGAUUCAGGAUGGAUACGUAUCUUAUAAUUGGGAGAAGAAGAUGAAGGAGUUUCUGCCAGUUUCCAACUCCAGCUGCUUCCUCUCGAUGCUGGUUCUUCCAAAGGCAUUGGACCCAGUUGCUUCCCGCUACAACUCCCUCGAGGACACCUUGGCCCGUGCAAAUGCUUGGCUCGUCGCCUCUCAGAUCUCAGGAGUCCCCAUAGACUUCAUGGAUGUCCAGACUGAGGCUCUCCUCACCAAGAUAUCUGGGGAGACCGCCUCUGCAACUGUGAAUAGUGGAUCCCUAUCUGACCUUUCGAGUCUCGCAAACGCUAGCCUUUAUGGGUUCGAGGACUACCAUGGGGUCGACAUCGGCGUGGUCAAGGCGGCUCGCCUUUGGUACACCCCAUCUGCUGGAGAACUUGCUGUGGAUAUUAGGCUUCAAGAAGGUGACACCAAGCUGGGCUUUGCAAUCGGUCGCACCGAGGAGGGCUUCAUCUACAUUGCUUCGGUUGACGAAACCGACGAUGAAGCAGCAGCUUCAACCCGAUCGGGCCUUGGAGUUCUGUUCAGACAAGCAAGAGACUCGUCCAAGCUGCUAGUGAUCUCGAGGGUGUCCAAUGAGAAGGUCCUCCCGUGGAUGGUGUCCUCCGCAGGAGCCAUUCGUUGUUUCGACACCAUCUCGCUCAGCCAGAAGCUCUCCUUGCAUAGGCAUGCUCUGAAGCCGAUUCGGAUUCAUGUUCUGAUGUGGGAGCAGGCAUCGGCCGAUGAGCUCGGACGGUGCAAGCCCGCAGCAGCACCUUCUGUUCGGUUUCCUCCUUUGGCAGCUGAACUGCCCAAGAACCUCGUUGCGGAUGAUUCAUCCGAGACAUGGCCCGGGUGAGACACUGCAGGCGAUGUGUCGUUCAGGUUUAAUGACACUGCCUUGUCAUAGUAGCUGGCUGUGUCCUUCCCUGGACAUAUCAGUUUCAUUGAGUUGACAGCUGCUUUGUCCCCCUCCCAUUUUACUUAUUUCUCUUUCUCUCUCUCUCUCUCUAUAUGUUGUACUCUGGAGCAUAUUUGUAUAUCUCAUGCUAAUUAACGCAUAAGGUAACUCAAA